AUAUAAAGGUGACAGUAAGUUGCACACAUCAUCCACAGCAGGGAAACCAAGACUCUGGAGAGAAAGAGGGUCUACCAUCCACAGCAGGGAAACCAUGACUCAAACAGAAAGAGGGAUACCAAUCAUGCAGUUGUGUGUGGCCAUUAUUGUCAUGACAUUGACUAUGACAAAAACGAUUGACGCUGGGAAGGCAUCACCAUAUGGAUACUACGAUUCUAAGUAUACCUGCUUCCGAAGCAUUCCAAAAAAUUUCCGAUUGACAGUUACCUCAAAGUGCCAGACGCCGAAAGUCAGACGCGAAAUUGAAUAUGCUUUGAAAAAAUAUCCAGCAGUCAAAGAUUCCCUGAAGAGCAGUUACAUCACAUGCAGCAAACCGUAUGUCAAUAACAUUGGCCUUGAAUGAACAUGUCCGACGGAGCUUUAUAAAGUCACCCAGGUGAAUAUUGGAGGAGAACAGUGCGCCGUGGUCAAGCCUCAUUACCAGUGUGUUACAUUUGCAGUUUGCCAACAAAAAGGAUAUUGUGCCGGAGCCCUAAAACAUCCAUAUUCCAGUACGUGCUUAUAUGACGGCUUCCGCGAAUUCCGUGUCUGGGUCUACUGUAAAAGUUGUGGCUUCAAGUUGAUCAAGCUGAAAUUGCCCCAAUGCUGCUCGUGCAGAAAAUUCAAACUUUGUGAAAAAAUGAAAGUAUGAAGAUCCUUGUCAGUUGCGGAAUGAUUGCUAUCAAUUUCUCAAUAAAUUAUCAGUAACCCACA